GUGAUCACUCGUCCCGACUGGGACUCCUACAAUCUAAAUAAUGAUGUCGCCCUACUGAAGCUGUCUAGUCCAGUGCAGCUGAAUGCCUACAUUUCUCCGGUCCGUCUGGCUUCUCCCACGGAAGUUUUACCCCAAGGUUCAAAGUGUGUCACAACUGGUUGGGGACGGAACAAUCUGAAUUCACAACAAUCUGCAGUCAUAUUACAGCAAGUCGUUCUUCCUUUGGUGCCGGUAGACGUGUGCCAGCAAAAACUUCCCAGACCUAUCACCAGUUCUAUGUUAUGUGCGGGUGGAGCUGGUGCCACAUCCUGCCAU